GAACCGGGUAAAAGCGGUGUGAACUGGCUCAAUCCAAUCCGUGAGAGGCUGUGAAUGAACUUUGUAAUGGUGGUUGAUGAAAACGCGGUCAAUACGAACGAUAGCAGCUAACAUUUAUGAAUUUGAAGCGUUUUCAAUGCCUGUUGCAAUGACUACUGUCGACCAAGCGGCUGUACUGUUGGAUUUCAACCAGAAACUGGACAUAAACCUAUUAGACAAUGUUGUUUCAUGCUUCUAUAGCAGCGAAGGACCCGAGCAAAAGGCUGCGGAUCAGGUCCUAACACAGUUGAAACAGCACCCUGAAUCGUGGACUAGAGUUGACAGCAUCCUUGAAUAUUCGAAAAGUUUACAAACAAAAUAUUUUGCGUUGCAAGUUUUGGAAACUGUAAUAAAAACUCGCUGGAAAGUGCUCCCUCGGGAACAAUGCGAAGGAAUAAAGAAAUAUAUCGUCGGUCUUGUAAUCAAGAACUCUAUGAGUGCGGAUAAUCAAAUAGAGAAAGACAAAGCUUACUUGGGGAAACUAAAUAUGAUUCUGGUUGAGAUCUUAAAGCAUGAGUGGCCUAAGAAUUGGCCAACAUUCAUCAGUGAUAUUGUUGGAGCCAGCAAAGCGAAUGAAACCAUUUGUGAAAAUAACAUGAAAAUUUUAAGAUUAUUGAGCGAGGAGGUGUUUGACUUCUCUAGUGGACAACUCACACAAACAAAAGCUAAGCAUCUUAAAGACUCGAUGUGCAGCGAGUUUUCGCAAAUUUUCACCCUAUGUCAGUUUGUAAUGGAAAAUUCCCAAAAUGUUCCUCUUGUUGAAGCAACUUUGCAAACUCUGCUAAAAUUCUUAAACUGGAUUCCACUUGGAUAUAUCUUUGAGACCAAACUGAUAAGCACAUUAAUAUACAAGUUCCUAAAUGUACCCAUGUUUCGAAAUGUAACACUGAAAUGUCUGACAGAGAUUGCUGCCAUAAGUGCCUCUCAGUAUAAUGAACAGUUCAUUCAGCUUUACACUUUAACUAUGACGCAGUUGAAGCAGAUGCUACCAAUAUCCACCAAUAUCAAGGAAGCUUACACAAAUGGAAGAGAUGAUGAACAGAAAUUUAUUCAAAAUUUAAGUUUGUUUUUAUGCAGCUUUUUGAAGGAGCAUGGACAGCUUAUUGAAGCUAAGGUUGAUCUUCACACAACAUUAUUAGAGUCUCUCCACUACCUGGUCUUGAUAUCUGAAGUUGAAGAAAUUGAAAUAUUCAAGAUAUGUUUAGAAUACUGGAAUAGUUUAGCUGGUGAUCUUUAUAGAGAAAGUCCUUUCUCAUCCUCUACCAGCCCCUUGCUAAUUGGCACCAUCCAGCAACAGCAUGUGCCCCCAAGAAGACAGAUAUAUCUGCUGGUUCUCUCCAAGGUUCGAAUAACAAUGAUAUCACGUAUGGCCAAACCAGAGGAGGUUCUUGUUGUGGAAAACGAUCAGGGAGAGGUUGUGCGUGAAUUUAUGAAGGACACCGAUGCCAUCAACUUGUAUAAAAAUAUGAGAGAAACUUUAGUCUAUUUGACACAUUUGGACUACCAGGAUACUGAAGUUCACAUGACGGAAAAACUCCAAGCCCAGGUCGAUGGUUCCGAGUGGUCUUGGAAAAAUCUAAAUACGUUGUGCUGGGCCAUUGGGUCCAUUAGUGGAGCGAUGCAUGAAGAAGAUGAAAAGAGGUUCUUGGUCACCGUAAUCAAGGACUUGCUUGGUUUAUGUGAAAUCAAGCGUGGGAAAGAUAACAAGGCUAUCAUCGCUUCGAAUAUUAUGUACAUUGUUGGACAAUAUCCAAGAUUUCUCAGAGCCCAUUGGAAGUUCCUAAAGACUGUUGUUAAUAAACUCUUUGAGUUCAUGCACGAAACUCACGACGGUGUUCAAGAUAUGGCUUGUGAUACAUUCAUUAAGAUCGCUCAGAAAUGUCGACGGCAUUUUGUAACGAAAAAUGGUUAUUUUACGAAAGACAUUAUCGUAAAUGGACAAAUGAAACAGGUUCAAGUGGGUGAAGUGAUGCCAUUUAUUGAGGAGAUACUUAACACAAUUCAGACUAUCAUAUGCGAUCUACAACCCCAACAGAUUCAUACAUUCUACGAAGCCGUUGGAUACAUGAUUAGCGCACAGUCUGAUUCAGUAGUCCAAGAAAGGUUGAUUGAGAAAUACAUGUCUUUACCCAAUCACGUGUGGGACAACAUCAUCAAGGACGCCACCAAGAAUGUCGAUACGUUGAAAGACAUGGAAAUCGUGAAGCAGCUGAGCAAUAUUCUAAAAACAAACGUCCAUGGUUGCAAAGCUAUCGGCCAUCCCUUCGUCACCCAACUCGGUCGUAUUUACCUGGACAUGUUGAACGUGUAUCGCUGUUUGAGUGAAAACAUUUCCUCGGCUGUGGCGGCAAACGGACCGGUGGUUACGAAGCAACCGCUGAUCCGCGCCAUGCGCGGUGCAAAGACGGAGACCUUGCGAUUGAUCUCGACUUGGGUGGGAAAAUCUAGCGAUGCUAAACUUGUGUGCGAUAAUUUUAUUCCUCCUUUAUUGGAAGCUGUCUUGGGCGACUAUCAGAGAAACUUGCCCGCGGCGAGGGAACCAGAAGUCCUCAAUACCAUGGCAACUUUGACCAAUAAACUGGGGCAUUUCGUGACAGACCAAGUGCCACAGAUACUUGAUGCUCUCUUCGGCUGUACUUUGGAAAUGAUCAACAAAGAUAUGGAGGAGUGGCCAGAACAUCGAACGAAUUUCUUCCUUCUUCUGAAAGCCGUAGUGGAACAUUGCUUUUCAGCUUUGUUGAAAAUCCCAGCAGAACAGUUCAAAUUGGUCCUGGAUUCCAUCGUCUGGGCUUUCAAGCACACGAUGCGGAACGUUGCUGACACAGGUUUGGAAAUUUUGUAUUCGCUGUUGAGAAAUUUUGAGAAAUCCGAGAGCUCGUCACAGAAUUUCUAUCAAACGUACUACACGAUGAUCUUACAGCAUAUCUUCUCUGUCGUCACCGAUACUUCGCACACCGCCGGUCUCAAUCAUCAUGCGACGAUUCUUUCUCACAUGUUCCAUUUGUUGGAAGCUGGAAAGGUUGUCGCGCCUCUCUACGAUAAAGCCCAACAUCCUGGCGUCUCGAACAAUCAUGAAUACAUCCAUCAAUACGUGUCGAAUCUACUGAAGCAAGCAUUUCAACAUUUGCAAUCAGAUCAAGUACGAAUAUUGGUUGAAGGGUUUUUCACGUUAAAUCAAGAUAUACCAGCAUUCAAAGAACAUCUCCGGGAUUUCCUCGUUCAAAUCAAGGAGUUUCGUGGAGAGGACACGGGUGAUCUGUUCUUACUGGAACGAGAGGCUGAACUCAAGAAAGCACACGAGGAAAAGCGACAGAUCCAAUUGACGGUACCGGGAAUAAUUAACCCUCAUGAUAUCCCAGAGGAAAUGCAAGAUUAGCUUGCCCCUCACCCACCCCCAUGUUUUAUCACCACCUUAUCUCUCCCUUCUCGCGCACAUCGCGAAAGCAAGGGGCGUGUUUUGUAAAAAUCAGAGGUGAUUUACCGUUUUUAGCUGGUUUUUUAACCAGAGACCGUCAUAGAAAGUUGUCAGUUCGAGGGUAUUUAUAUACCCUGGACAGACCAUGAAAGAUCAUUACCAUGGUUACAAUGCUCGGGUCACCGAUCCCAGGGACAAAAGUACCAUAUCACUAACGGUGGUAUAAACACUCUUGGGAACCAAAGUAUAUCACACCCGGAAAAAUACCAGGAAAACAAUGUACCAUAGCAUGGAUACCUGGUUAUCCAAACCACCUGUGCUUUAGAUGCUUCAGACUUUCGGGACUUAAUACGUUUGUUAAAGGAGCCUUCACUUGUUGCCAACGAGUGGUUUGAGAACGAUCCUUUUUCUAAAUAUCCAUUCCGCUGUUUGUGCAUUCGAUUGCAACUUCACUCUGUCCACGUAUGGUUCAUAGGUCCAAUCUUUCUUUCAUUUUUACUCCUAUCUUAGUUCUCUUUAAUUUCCAGUUUAUGGUUCUACAAAAACUUGCUCAGUCAUGUAAGUUAGAAAUAAUUCUUUGCCGGCCACAAUUCAAAACAAAAUGUAUACUUGAUAUCAAUAGUCUAUCAUAUUUGCUGUAAAUACCAAGGCAUAUUUUUAGAAAAAAUAUACUAAGAUUAUACAUUU